AUGAUUCUAGCACGGGACUCCCCGUACGGAACACUCCGUCCAUCUUUCAUCACCCUCGGCACCACCAAGGGGACUCGUGAACCAAUCUCAACGCAGGACGCUGGCCCCUCAAGACGAAACGAGAGCGGUGUGACAUUUUUCUAUAUGAAAAGCUCUCGCUACGCUACUAGCUCAGGGACUGCCAAAAAAGGAGACGAUCCGAUAGAUUGGCUGAGACAUCUCGAGAUGGGGAAUGCAAAGUCAAAUCCUGUUAAUCCUGUUCACCCGAGGUCGUCACGGCCUCACCUGGCAGGCUGGAAUUGUCGGAAGCUUCACUGCCGCUCCAACAUUUCGGAACCAUAUGGAGAUUCAGUCGCUAGCACAAGAUGGCUGCGGCUGCGGAUCAGCGUCCAGGCCAUGGAGAUGGAUGAGGAUGACGGCAAAGCUACCAAAGAGGCGGAUUAA